UGACAGACAAGAUAGUUCAAACCAUGUUUCCAAAAACAAUAAUCAGCCUCGUGCUAGUGAUCGCAGUAUCAGUUUUAUCCAAAUCAGAUCCACCGUUGGGCUGCGUUCGGAUAGAGAGUGUCGCCUAUCGACGGUUCAUGUUUCCGGGUCAGUUCCAAAAUGGGUACGAAAGAAGCGUUAACUUCGAUAACUGGGAACGGUUGGUCGACAAGGAAUGGAUCGUAGAGAAGAGUGGCAAGGAGUACCGGAUCUAUGCUGUGAAGAAUCAAAUCGCUCCGAUGUUUCUGUACGCAAAUAAGACCAUGCUGAUAACAGAUAGCAGUCGAAGAUAUGCGCGGCUAUCGGCCUUUGUGGGUGCGAGUAGUGACAUACUGUGGAAGAUCGAAGAAAAGAAGAACGGCUACUUCACCAUCCAGAAUAAAGUUUUGAAAGAAUAUCUCUACGCUGGCGAACGGAAGUACGAUGUUUCGUAUGACUGUGUACUUUCGUACGACACGAACCAGCAUUAUUGGAGAACGAAUAGCACCACCUGCCGCACCGUGGGACGAGUCUUCACGUGGAAGGGCAAGGAGCCGAAAAAGCCGGGACCCGAAUUCCAGUGGAAAAUUCACAGCUGCUGACCCAAAUCCGGUGGCGCACCGCAAGCCAUAUGUCAUCCGGCGGUGAUCAAUCAUGGCGGAAUAAUUAAAUUUCGCUAAUUAUUUCAACAUACGAAAAGCGAAACCGCUACACGGACUGUUAACAGGCAUUCGCUCAUCCUCUGGCUGCUGCAUGAGAAAUAAUUAAUAAUGAAAAAUUAAAUAAAACCUACCCGCGUGAAGCGUACGCCCCACGUGACCAUGUCCUCGGAGAAUAAAUGAAACUUUGUCCGGCACGCACCUCAUGUAUUCUUCGAUAGCUGUGGGAAAUGGGAAAUGCUUAAUUAAAAAGUUUAAUUUUUUUAAUAUCGACUGGACAUCCUAUGCUUGGAACCAUUCAUUGAAGAAAUAUGAAAGAAUACCCUCAUCCCGGUUCA